AUGGAAAAGGAUAAAGUCCUCCCGGGCGCGGAAGAUCUGCUAGUACCGCGCGUGAUAGGCAGAUUGGAGACUAGGCGUGUUGAAUAUAAGGUGUGGACGGUGGGUAGGCAGGAAGAUCAUCGCCGCCUAAUCGAUCUUAUCGGCUAUCUAGGCGUAGCCGGUGCGAUUGAGAUGCACGCUAAGCGCUAUGCCCUCCUGUACCCGCUCUGUAUCGGAGCCAUCACGGGGGCGACGGGUACGGCGAUCGAUCUAGAGUCCUACACUGCGGCGGAGAUGGGCGCCCUGGCCGCCUAUAUUAUCACUGGCGUCGGAUACACAAAGAAGGGCCGGGAGGUACUAGGCAGGAUGAGCGAUAGCGUCUAUAGCUUUGAAAACGGCCCCGGUCACUCGGUAUUCCUCGCGGGUCCCGUAGGACCGGAACCGAUAGCCUUCGAGAGCGGCAUGACACCGGAGCUUCGUAUGGAGGUAAGCCCGGAGCACUAUUAG